CAGCCGCAAAGAAACAUGUCAAAAUUCCUGCACCUUCGCCGUCCAACCACCUAUUCCAAGCUGCUGGAAACGGUCCCGAAACCGGCCGCAGCCCUCCCCCGCCAUGGAGGUCUACCACAGUGGGAAAAGCUUACCCUGGAUCAGAAACUACCUGCAAAUGCGUGUCCCAUACAUCCACCGACCUUCAGCCGUGGUCCCCUGGGACAGCACCUCUCAUGCGACCGGAAACCUCUCGACUAUGGCUUUGAUUCGACCGAUCCACUGGGUCGGGAUGAUUCCCACCGCUACCGGCCGUUGCACGACCUGAAUCUUGAGGUUUUCUAUCGGGAUAGGAAGAUUAGGAAUAUUUUACAACAGCAGCAGUUGAUAAACGACGACGGUGAUGUCAUUUGUACGCUGGCGGAAUUCAAUCGGUUCCGAUCUUUGUUGUGGAAGCUGCACAAGCAUGAACUACGCAAGGAGUUUCGGAAGUUGGACAAAUCCUGGUGGGAUGAAUACCAUGACAAAAAAUCUGCACUUCAUAUGCAAAAGUACUACGAAUUUGAAGAUAAACGCGAACGGAAGAGAUAUAAAGCCUGGGGACUGAGAGAAGCAAAACGACAAAGUACUUUGAACGCGAUUGCACAAUAUCAGAAGAAACUGCAAACAUUUCUAGCAUGUCGCAACAAGGCUCAACAAGCCCAUCUGGAGGAUGGUCAUAUGCGAAUGCUGCAGAUCCGUUAUAACAACACAUUGCUGAAGGCAUCUAAGAAAUCGUACCGUCUACGGCUGAACCGAAGACUGCGGGAUCAGGACAAUCUACGAGCCCGACGGAUGUCUAUUAUGAACAAGAGACUUCGCGAAUCAAAACGUAUCAUGAAAAAAGAACGCCACAAGAUGCUUUUCAUCUCCACUCAGCAGGCAGAAGCCGAACGGCAGACACUUCUGCACAACUAUCUACAGCACAUGCGGAAAAACGUCCAACGUCGGAUGCUACGAUCGGCUCAACUUCAGGAACACUUCGAGCGGCAACUGACCAGCAGAAAGACCCGAAACCUUGCCAGCAAGUACGACAAACGAUCCAAACCUGCCCUCAUGCGGGCAAUGCUUAAAGCCUGGCAGAGCAUUCGAAUCCGCCAGCCCGAUCUCAACCGACAAUUGUCCCGUGCUUCGGUGGAAAACGCCGUCAACAUCGCCUACAGCAUCCACACGACCAUCAGUCCCACCAUCAGCAGCACCCAGGUAAUCGACACGGCACGGCAACUGAUCAGCGACUUUGCCCAUAUGCCUUCCGAGCAGCUACCGUUGGAUCGACAAACCAUCCAAUACACAAGUGAUGCCCUGUUGAAAAUCCUGGAACAAACUAAAGACCAAAUCGUACGGGCCGGGUGCUGCCUCAUCGAGCAGGUGGCAACUAAAAUGCGCAAUCGCAUCGAAUGCGACGAUCGACAGCAACGCCACUCGACUUUAUGUGGCCCGUGGAAUGCACGUUGGAAACGCUCUUCCCUGGGCAGUCGUUCGGGAAGCUUGAGUCAUCGCGUCUCCAUUGGUGGAGUUCAAAUUGUAGACGAGAUUCAAACCGAACAAGAACACUUUAAAAAAUCUCGCCUUCGACCUCCUACUCCGGUCACAUCCGUGACUUCACUAGUAGGACAUAUGGUAGAUUCCGAGCAGAAUUGUUCAUCUUCCAUCGAGGAGCUUGAAAUUCCAUCCGUCGUAACGGCGUGCAUUGAGAAACAAGUUACAGCCGAUGAACACCCCUUGAUACACCUGACCGUUCGGCAGAGGCGAUUUCUGGAGACAAACCUGAUCAAAUUCAAAGUAAUCAUUCAUCGGAACGUGGAAAUUCGAUCCCUGGCAGCGAUUGACCGAAUGCGGCUGGAAAUUGUUCGGCGGAAGUUACGCCUACCUAAACCGGCGGUAACGAAGGAAAGCAUAGCCCGCGAAAUGGCUCGCUGUAUUUUGGUGUUUCCCAAAGAGGAUCAGAAAUACGCCGAGCUGCUGUUGGACAUAAUCAACAUACUCGUGGGAGAAGUUUGCGACGAACUCGAGGACAUACUGAGUGCACCAUAA